AGCACGCGGUUAAUAUUAAAAUGGAGCCUGAUAUUAUAACUGCGAAUACUAAGGAGCUUUCGGAAGACGAAAAGGAUAAGCUGCAGGAGCAGAACAAGCGCAUGGUGUCUGAGUUCAAAGCAAAACAGCUGGAAAUUGAUGCACAGCGGCAUUGGGACUUGUUUUACAAACGCAACGAAACACGUUUCUUUAAGGAUCGGCAUUGGACAACGCGUGAGUUCCAAGAGCUGCUAGGCACAGCGCAAGGAGAAAAACGCUCGCUCUUGGAGGUUGGCUGCGGUGUUGGCAACUUAGUAUAUCCACUGCUGGAGGAACAGCUGAAGGAAGAACGCCAAGAAGGCUUUUAUUUCUAUGCCUGCGACUUUUCACCACGUGCCGUUGAGUUCGUACGCGCCAAUGAGCUCUACGAUACUAAGCACAUCACAGCGUUUCAAUGCGAUAUAACAACGCAACAGGUGCACGAGCAUAUAGCAGAGAACAGUCUAGAUGUUUGUACUAUGAUAUUUGUGCUGUCAGCUAUACAUCCAGACAAGUUUUCCCAGGUGCUGCAGAAUCUGUGGAAAUUGCUAAAGCCAGGUGGCAUAGUGCUCUUCAGAGAUUAUGGACUGUAUGAUAUGGCACAAUUGCGCUUCAAGCCAGGACAUAAAAUUGCAGAGAAUCUCUAUAUGCGUCAGGAUGGCACACGCAGCUACUACUUUGAGCAGGAGCAGCUAGCGCAGCUGUUUAGCAGCCAGGGAUUCCAGGUGCUGAACAAUAACUAUGUGCAUCGACGCACACUCAAUUUAAAGGAAGGCAUCGAUGUGCCACGCAUCUUUCUACAGGGCAAGUUUAGCAAGCCGUUGGAUGAAUCAUAGAAUUUUGUAUUUAUGUGUGUAUAAUAUACAUUAAGUUUAAUUUUAGUAAUUAUAACAUUUUGGUUUA